GGCGCAACGUUAGAAAAUGUUAAAUGUUCUUUCCUGGUUUCUUGGCUUUCGAUCUUGAGGGAGUGUACAUGAUUUUUCUCCUCUCUGCUGACGUGAUCUCGGAAUUGGCAUCACGAUGCUAGCUGGUGACACAAUGCAAUAAUGGCCGUCCAAAGCUCCUGGGGAAAGCAAUGACCGUCCAAGCUUGCAGUAUGCCUCCGUCCCGAGGUCUCAAUCCGAGUUUUGGCCAAAGUGACAUGAGCUGCGGACUUGGAGUGGCACAGAUCCGCAAGAAAACACGGGAACUUCGCAAACAACGCCAGCUUGUUACAUUUAAAAUACACCGUGAAGCUCCACAAACAAACAGUGUCGGAGAGGCUAAGGUUAAAAAACAGAGCAACCUAGAACGACACAAUUGAUCGCAGCGAUGAGAGAACUCACGAAAGAGAGAGCUUGAGCAACAUUACACUCGAAGCUGAUUUCUGUAUGCAGGCAUAAACAAUGCAAAGCUUGCUGCUGGCUUCGACGAGGCAAUCCGGGUUUUGAAGCCAAACACGUUUGGAGAGUGAGGAAAGGCAUAAUGUCCAGCGAUUGAAAUGGCCUUCAGCAUUAUGUCAAGGUUCCUACACUCAGCCGAUGAGUCCUUCAUCCUUUCAGUUCCCGCAUUCAUAAGUAAAUUCGACUUUUUUAGCCUGGUUUUCCCCACGGGAGAAAAGAGUCUCAAGUUUUGCUGCUCAUCACGAAAUCGUAAUUUUCUUUCCGAAGCUGCGGGAUUAGUACGCGGCAUGCGAGAAACAGAAAAUGACGGCAAUUCUACCUCGUCCCUGAUCCUCGGGAAAACAGCGACACUUGUAGGAGUGAUCACUGGACGCUCCGGAAUUUGCACUGCACAGUUCUCCAACAGAUCGGAGACUUCGAAGUCCUUUCUCUUACCGGGAGGUUGCUCGGGCAUCUCCUGUGUCAUGGAUUUUGAGGACCGAUGCAACAUGAGAAGCGAUGAUUCCGGGAUGGAGCAAGAAGCAUUCACAAUGGCUCGAUCGAUUACAGUGACGCUCUCACCAGUUCUUUUCAUCUCCUUUUCGUAAGCGUCCACGAGAAGACAUUGCGAUCCCAAGGCCGCCUGGACGCCGUGGAAGCAGCCGCAGCGGCCAUACAUCUGGACGAGGAACCGGCGAUCGAUGGCGCGGGAGUGAGCGGAGAUUGUCCAGGGAUGUGAUCCUGGUGGGUUGUCUCACGGUUAACGUUGUGGGUCUGCGGUACUACCACGGCACGGUGACCAACGGCGAGAUGGUCCAGCUUGUCCGAGAGCCCGCCACCAAUCCAUACGACUCCAACGCCAUCCGGGUGCUCAACAUCCGGGGCGACCAUGGCAUGCCGGAGUCUUGGAUCUGGGCAUGGAACGCUCCAGAUUGCGCUCCUGGUCGCCAUCCUCGCGUCCUGGUCGUGCGCACGAUGCGCUACCUAAGGCUUUUUCAAACCAGAGCAUUCUUUGGGUCUACUAUUUUCAUAAUACCUGGAUGACGUGGCGGAUCUCGAGUCAAAAUAUCUAAGAGCCAGCUGCCUUAGUUCUGGAUCUGGGUUGGCCUUUUUAGGGCUCUUAGAUGGGAGGGAUUUCAUGUGGUUGGGAUCCAUCACUGUCUGGUUCUACAGAACCAUUUUAAUUCUGGGAACGACAUGUUUCAUGCCUUCCUGGCGCCAUUCUACUCGUGUUACAUGUCGGCUAGAUACAAGAGGCGUGCAAAGGUUUCCAUCCAUUUUACGCAUUUAUAAAAGUCUUCUUUUCGCUUGA